CGUGCCUGCAGUCUGUGCACCCGCGUACAGCGCUCCAGGCCAAGUGCGCCUGUGCGAGUUCCACGUGCGCCUGCGCACAGUUUGAUUUCCGGCGCCUUUUCGGAGACCUAUAGGUCAGUCGUCGCUGACUGGCUUCUCUGGAUGACGGUUGGUGGAGGUUUAGUCAAUCAGCUUCAUUUUGUAAAUUUGGAAUGCUAAGGAAAAAAUUAUAGACUUUGAUAUUGAAGAAAAUGAAGAGAAACCUUAAUGAAAAUUCAACUCGAAGUACUGCAGGCUGUUUGCCCGUACCAUUGUUCCAUCAGAAAAAAAGGAACAGACAGCCAUUAACUUCUAAUCCACUUAAAAAUGAUCCAGGUAUCAGUUCUACUUUUGACAAUUAUGAUUUCUCUCCUCUUCCAACAGAUUGGGCCUGGGAAGCUAUGAAUCCAGAGUUGGCUUCUUUAACGAAAACAGUGAACACUGGGCAAAUAACAUCUUCAGUUUCAUGUCCCUUGAGAAGUCAGGAUUCUAUGCCUAAAUCUAUUCAAUCAAACACUGAAACAAGACAAAGUGCUUGGAGCUAUAGAGAUGACAACAAAAAUACCAGCUCAAAAACUUGGGGUAAAAAUGAUUUUAGGACUCAAUGCAAAAGAACAAAUCUAGUGGAAAAUGAUGGAAUAUAUUCUUCUCCAGUGAAUUUGGGAGCUCAGCAACAAAAACAAUUAAGAAUAUCUGAACCUCAUAACUUAACUUAUCACAGAAAAACUGAGGUACUGAGACAAACACAUUCAUCAAAAAUAUUUGACUCCAAAAUAAAAGGCCUAAACAAAAGUAGCACAUUACAGGCAUUUAAGCCCAGUUUUCAACAGAAUCAAUUUAAGAAACAAAUGUUGGAUGAUAUUCCAGAAGAAAACACUCUGAAGGAAAUCCCCUUGUGUCAGUUACAAUUUAAGGAAAAAAAUAAUUCUUUAAGAAUUAUUUCUGCAGUUAUUGAAAGCAUGAAAUACUGGCGUGAACAUGCACAGAAAACUGUACUUCUUUUUGAAAUAUUGGCUGUCCUUGAUUCAGCUGUUACACCUGGCCCGUAUUAUUCAAAGGCUUUUCUUAUGAGAGAUGGGAAAAAUACUCUGCCUUGUGUAUUUUAUGAAAUAGAUCGUGAACUUCCAAGACUGAUCAGAGGCCAAGUUCAUAGGUGUGUUGGAAGCUAUGAUCUGAAAAAGAACAUUUUCAGAUGUGUUUCUGUCAGACCAGCAUCUGUUUAUGAACAGAAGACUUUUCAGGCAUUUGUUAAAAUUGUAGAUGCUGAGAUGAGGUAUUAUACUAAAGUAAUGAAUGAAAUUUAAAUAGUGAUAAAGUGAGUUUAGUAAAAAUUGAAGCAUUUUCUGUUACUGUUUAAUUCACUGUUUCCAUGGUUUUGUAACAGCUGUUUUGUAUUUUGCUUCUUGAAUUAAAAUAUUUAAAUCCUUUUAAA